AUGUCUACUAUGGUAAAUUUCCCAAAGUACUCUCACUGUACUUUACUCUUUGUAUAACAAGCAGACAAACUUCUUUUGGGUAUGAAAAAAAGAGGAUUUGGUGUUAAUUUAUGGAACGGAUUUGGUGGAAAAGUUGAUCUAAAUGAAACUGUUAGACAAGCUGCAAUUCGCGAAACCUAAGAAGAAUGUGGUAUUACUCCUAUCGAUCCUAAGUUUUUGGGUUUACUUAAAUUCAAUAUGAACUUAGACUAAAAGACCAUUAUAGUUCAUGUCUUUAAAUCUACUGAAUAUACCGGAAACAUAACUGAAAGCGAAGAAAUGCUUCCUAAAUGGUUCGAUAUAGAUAAAAUUAAUUAUGAUGUAAUGUGGCCUGAUGACAGAAUUUGGUAUCCUGAUAUGUUAAAAACCAAUGUCUUCUUUUUUGGUGAAUACGAUUUUUAAGAGCAUUCAGUAAUCACCUCUUCAAACCACAAAAUAGUAAAAGAAGAAGAAUUACUAGCUUUACAAAAAUAAUUAUCAAAAAUACCUUUAGACUGA